CGACCCGACAGGGUGGAGGGGUGGCCGGCGACCCCGGUUUUAGUCGCGAUGUGCGCGUCGUCCCGACGCAGUUGCUGUCCGUUUCGCGUUUCCGCCGGGAUUCCUCCGCCGGUGAGCAACUCUCGCGAAGAAGAUUAGCGAGUCGAGAUCUCGUCGUGACUUAUCCAGAUCCUUGGAAACUACCUAAAUGCGAGACAAAUCGUGAGAUUUCAUCCGCGAGGCCGAAGAUCUAAUUGCCGCAGUGUUAUCAGCGUAUCAUCAGUGUGUCAUCAACGUGUCAUCAGCGUGUCAUCAGCGUUGCGAAGUCGAUGACAACCCUCGAAGAGCCCGGUCGAGAAACACGACGCGUGCUCGCUCUUAUUCGCGUUCAUCCGCAAGAUCGCACGGCUCUACGGACCUGUUUUCGCAAAUUUGAUGCAGAGCUACAAAGACGUUGAGAAAAAUUGAGGAGAGACUGUAGAAGAGGACUCCUCCUCAUCUGCUCGCAAGAAGAGGAGAAAAGAGAAAAAGGGAAAGUAGACAAGAGUGAGGUCAGCUUCCCAGCGCUGCAGCAGUUGCCCAUAAGCGUCGUCGACGUUCUUUCUCCGGCGACGGGACGAUAAUUUCGGCGUCCGUGGAGGGUUGGCGGGGGAACAACCCUCGGCGCGGGGAUGCGCGCGAGGGUGUUUGUACGGCGUGGAUAGGCGAGCCGGCAAUUUCGCGUGCGGCUGGGCUCUCGAUAUCGAUUCCAGAAGGUCGCCGCCGGAGUAGUCGCGCACCCUCGUCGUCCCUCCAACGUCUCGCGGUCGGCAAACGGCUGAUUGUUGACACCGCCGUCGUCGUCGUCGUCGUCGUAGUCGUACUUAGCGCGGGUGAUGCGCGCGGGAUCGAUGAGAGGUGAGAUCGAUCAGCUUGAAGAAGCGACGACUGUGUGUCCGUCCUAUCCUUAUGCGACUGAUCUGCGGUUAAUCAUGUCCAGCAAGAUGCGGACAGCGUUGAGAUAGAGUCACUACGUGAGCCGAGCAUCAUAGGGGCGCGGAAUUCCUGUCCGGGGCGCCGAAAUAUCUCGGUUCGGCCCUGGCAGCCAUCGAUGAAGAGCUGGACAUGAGUUGGACAUCCGCACGGUCAUCACUGGGAUUACUAAUUAUCCUCCUCCUGAAAUGCGGUAUCGCGAGAUCGAUGACAGACGCGAAGGAGCCGAUACUGCUGAAGGUGAUCGCUCCCCCGUCCCACACAGCUUUGUCCGGCGACGUGGCCGUUUUUAUUCUGGACUCAACCGAGACGGAGUCCUCCACGGUGUCCACGAGCAGCGUCGCGGCUAUCGUCACAGACGACACAAGAAAAGAUGAGAAAAAGAAGAUCGAUCCGAAGGAGGGGAGAGCUGCCGCGGCUCACGAGCCGCUCGUGCUCAGAGCACUGUACGUCGACGGCCUCACGUCCGAAUUGAUCGGUGAUUUCCCCCUGGAUAACCUGCCGCAUAGGGGUGAGAAUAUUUCUGUGAUAAUACCCUGUGGUGUCUUCUCGCGUGGCGGAGUUUAUACACUACGGCUUCAGUACAAGAAGUUCUCAACGGUGGCUGCCAGACACACUGCCAUUGCUGGGCUGCCUGAAAUUGAGAUGAGCAGUGCCUUAGACGUAAAGUGGCCAACCCCCUCUCUGCUCCUGGAAUCCCAACACUUCGGUACAUAUCCUAGUCAGCCGGUAGUUGCGACCAUAAAGUACAAUGGAAUCUCGUGUGUACCUGCCAACGGCGUUCCGGUAGCGGCUUAUAUUUUGCAACUCAUUUACUGCGGCACCACCGCAGCCGCAUGCGAUCCGCAGAACAACAGUCGCACGCAAGUGCUCUACUACGAGGAAGUGAACGGCUUCACCUCGCCCAAGGUCAUCAAGCUAAAGUGCGAAUUUUUCGGCAUGGUCGGCAAUUACGCGCUCAGACUGAAGGCGUCGGACGUCAACCCUUCUGCGCCGACCACGAGCGCCUACAUCAAGGUGGAAUGGUCCGAUGAGUUCAACUUCAACGUCCACGCGAGGUCGAUCUAUCCUUGCGAGGGAUCGGCAGGCAUAUCGGUGCUCUUCCAAUAUCCGGCGUGUCGUCUCCAAGGCGAUCGCGUGCGCGUCUACGGCCGUCUGCGGGCGGAUGUGAGCUCCCUCGCGCCGCCGUCCGCGUUGCAUUAUGUGGCGGAGCUGAAGGCGGCGCCGGGCAAGCACUCGUUGAACUUCGACUGCGAUAUCUUCACCGAAAAGUUCAUCGAGUACUGCUUCUCCUACGUGAGCCAGGCGAUCACCGGCGCGAUGGCGGAAGUAAAGCUCGCGUGCAUACCCACCUUCCCGCUUCUAGAGAACGACGCGGCCGGUUGGGGUCCUUGGAGUGCGUGGAGUCCUUGCAGUAGCUCCUGUGUGGGCGGAAUUCGCAAUCGAUAUCGAUUCUGCGACACGCCGCCGCCGAAAUAUGGGGCGAAAUUUUGCCAGGGAAAAGCGGUCGAGACGGAAUCAUGCGGCGGCACUGGCAGGAUCGAUUUCCAAGAGGCGUGGAACGCCGAAGGAUGGGAGUGCCGGCACGGAACGACAUUAGCGGCUGCGAGACCGGAAGUCACGGCGCAAAUUGGCGUUCAGUGUCGGUGCGGUUGUAUCAUCAAUUUUCAGGAGAAAACUCUAAACAGGAUCCUGGCGGCGAACACUCAAGCCUGCCCCGGCCGUUCCUUCUGGCUGUUGCAGGCGAAAUCCGAUUACGUGAUCCGACUGCACCUGGAUCAAACGCAAUUACCGUGUCCGGGCCAGUACUUCCGCGCUCGCGACGGCGACUCGCUGAGCGCCGACCUCUUGACGGACAUAGCGUUCGACAAGAGUGCACCCGCGACUGGAACGAUAUACUCAUCGGGUCAGAGUUUGCUGCUCGAGUUCUUCAGCGGUGAACUGAUCGCCUCGGGGGACUCCUGCGUGGGUGGUUUUCUGGGUCACGCGAGCAUGUUUCAUAAGCUGUAUGAGAAGAACAAAACGUCGGCGCUACUACCGUCGGAGACGAGCACCACCCCCGCUGUAGAGCAGUGGUUCUUCUGGGGGCCCGCACACCUGGCGACAGCAUCCCUUUUGAUACUCAUAUUCUUCAUAUCUAUUUUUCUAGCAUUGCAAUUUGCGCUGAAAUACAGAAAAUACCACAUUGCGGAGGAUUUGGACACGCUGAGCGAGCAUUCUGGGUGCAGCGAUACGGUGCAUACAAUGGUGGGACGAGCGAAAUCGAUGUCUUCUACGACACUGAUCUCGGAAGUCGCGUCUCUGGUGGGACUGCCGCGGAAGUGUACACCGAGACUGUCGAAACGCAAGCUGGCUCCCUGCGCGGUGGAAGACGGCUACGACAGCUCGGAAACUUUAGCAGAGUACGAGGACGAAACCAGCCUGAGCUCGACUACUCUAAAGUUCAAAGAUAACGAGGAAGGCUGCAGCGAGAGGAGCGUGAUACCGAACAAACUGCACACUGCAGAAACGCCGCCGACAGUAUCUGCUAUGAUGGCAGUUGGUCAACCAGAAGUGAAAUAUGCUCAGCCAGUCAAAUUACGCACUCUGGGCUCCAACAGUCCUGCGGCGAGCCUGACAGCGGGUGACACGAGAUGCCAAAGCACAGCGAGCAUGAACGACAGCCCGCACAUCGCCAAACUUCAUCGCUAUUCGUCUAAUCCGUUGCAGUCUAAGGACUCAUCGACGAGCAGUCCACUGUCGGGUGUGUCCACCUUGCGCAGCGGCAAGGAGACGAAGGACCGUCGUAAUCGCGAGCGACUGCUCCAAGGUCCGGGCUCAGAGUUUAGUCUAACCAAUCCGGAGACGGACAUGGAGUUGGACUAUUACGAUUACAACGUCGCGAACGCCGGCGCCGCGCCGGGCUCCUACUUAGGUAUGGAUCCUGCUUUUCUCCUAUGGAUACCCCCGUUGAUCUCCGAGGAUUCUGAAGGUCCGUCCGCGGAUCGACCGGAUUGUUUUCAAGGCACAACGAGCCCAGCAUUGUUCUGUCUACCGGAGAGCACUGAGGGCGCGAGUCUAACGCCGGCCGAGUACCGGCGUAUGCGGCACCUUGUCGGUGCUGAGGAGGCCAGAUCGGGCUUCGAGCAGAAUCGCCAGGAUUCAACGUCCUCGUCGUCGUCCAAGAACGACUCGUCGAGCAGUAGCGCCAUGUCUGAGGACAGCAUCGCGGAGAGCAGGGUCAGGCUGAACGAACGCCUGCUGCCGAUCCAUCGGAUCCUGGAAGACUCCAGGACCCGUGUGAGCGAGGAGUCGCUGUGCAGUCAGCUCGCGUUCGAGAAAACGCAAUGCGUCAUUCCCAAUCGCCUUCACGGCGGCAAAUCUGAGCUCUGCCAGGAGCAGGAAGCCACAAGGACGAACAGUCGGCAAGGUAGCCUUGUAAAUAUCAACGACGUUGUCUUGACGAGGUCGGAGGACAAGUUGGACAAAUCAAAGCAGGCCGUGAAGGUAUACCCGGAAGACACCGGCAAUCGCGCCAUUUCGAGGUCACAUGUGAAUCAAAAAACGAAGGAUAUCGCAGGGCAAGAAGACAAGAAACACUACCUCAAGGACGAGAACACGUCCAAAUUUCCCGGCAAAUCGACGAAUUCGAAACCUCCGAGUUACACGGAUGGUAACGCAACGGAGAGGCUCGAUAAGGGUGUGCGAACUAUCAGAGACGAACCCCGAUCGGACGUUCUGCUGUCGAAUUUGCACGUGACGCCCGGCAGGUAUCGGGACUUCACGCAGUUCACGCAACCUCGCGAGUCCAACAAGCAGCUGUCGGACUGCACCAACAUACCAAUGAUCGAGUUCUCGGGGCCGCGUCUGAGCUCGAUGGCGACGACGCAGAAGCUCACCACCGACAACCUGAACAUCAGCCUGUCCAAGCAGGAGAUUCAGAGUCCGGAUUACGGGGUCGAGAGCGACAUGAAAACUGAGUCGCGCGAGACCUUCUACGAUCUGAUUCGCGAGAAUGAGGACGGGAUCAAAUUCGCGGACGACGACGACGAGUAUAUCGAUAACAGAGCGAACCUGUGAAUAACUCGUUGUGUAAUCGCUGCAUAUGGGAGCGCAAUAAAGAUCACUGCUAUUUUA